AUGGUUGCCUCUGAAUCAAAGUGGAUUAAAGGAGGAAAGACUUUGCGCUUGUUUUCUACUUUCUUCUCUUGCAUCCAAGAUCAAAAUAAGCCUAAACACGAAUCUCAGAAGCUGGGAAAAAAUCUUCAGAGAGACAAUAAGGUGUCCCGGGAUGAGAACAGAGCUCUUAGAAGAGAAAACAAGUCCCUGUGGGGAGAAAACAACGCGCUCCGAAGAGAAAACAAAGCCUUCCGAAUGGACAACCAGUUAAUCCGGGGGAAGAACCUGACCCUGAGAGAGCAAAACCAGGUCCUGUGGCAGUUGAAGAAAGCGAUUUUCGAGAGCCAAAAACCACCCGAGGAACAAAUCAAUGUGUUGAGAACAAAAAAUAGGUCUUAUCGGCAACAGAACAAAGCGCUGGAAGCUCAGACCAAGGCUCUCUGGGAACAGGAGAUCGCCUUCCAGAAUGAGGCCAAAGCCCUGGACGAAGAAAUAAAGUCUCUGCACGAGAACAUCGAGGCCCUGCAGCACCAGGAGAGAGCCAUCCAGAUGGAGGAAGUGGCCCUGAAGAAGGAGGGACUAGCGCUGGAGAAGGAGGAGCAGGCGCUGUGGAAGGUGGACCAGGCCCUUCGGGAGGAGAACAAAGCUCUCCGAGAAGAAAAAGGGGCCCUUCAAGAGGAAGAGAAAGCCCUUCUGGAAGAGGCGAAGAUCCUGGAGCAGUGGAAUAAUAUUCUUCAGGGAAAAGACGACACGCACGCUUGCUGA